UCCGCCGGGAACGGCUGUUUUGCGCGCGCGGCCGGGGGAGGAGGAAGAGGAGGGAUGAGGAGGCCGCGGCUGUCGCGUCCGUGACCGGGGCCUGAGGACCCCGAGCUUGGGACGGGCCUUUUUCCCACCACCGGCGCAAAGGCACUGCUCGAUCAGGGGAAGGGGGAGAAGGAGAAGGACUAAGACUCUGUGUGUGUGAGAACGUGAAGAUGAGCUAAACCUGACCCCUGGAGCCGACUGAGGAGACUCGGCUCCCUCCCCACCACGUCCGUGCUGCUCCCGUCGCUGCCACCGCCAUGGCUCACUCCCCCGUGCAGACGGGCCUACCGGGGAUGCAGACUCUGAAAGCAGAUCCAGAAGAACUGUUUACAAAACUGGAGAAAAUUGGUAAGGGCUCUUUUGGUGAAGUUUUUAAAGGAAUUGACAAUCGGACUCAGAAAGUGGUUGCUAUAAAAAUUAUUGACUUAGAAGAAGCAGAAGAUGAAAUAGAAGACAUCCAACAAGAAAUCACAGUGCUGAGUCAGUGUGACAGUCCAUACGUAACUAAAUAUUAUGGAUCCUAUUUAAAGGAUACAAAAUUAUGGAUAAUAAUGGAAUAUCUAGGUGGAGGCUCUGCCCUUGAUCUAUUAGAACCUGGCUCACUAGAUGAAACCCAGAUUGCUACCAUAUUAAGGGAGAUACUCAAAGGACUUGAUUAUUUGCAUUCAGAAAAGAAAAUACACAGAGAUAUUAAAGCUGCUAAUGUAUUGCUAUCUGAACAAGGAGAAGUAAAACUGGCAGAUUUUGGAGUAGCAGGACAGCUAACAGAUACACAGAUAAAGAGGAAUACCUUUGUGGGAACACCAUUUUGGAUGGCACCUGAAGUAAUAAAGCAAUCAUCAUAUGAUUCAAAGGCAGAUAUCUGGUCAUUAGGCAUAACAGCCAUAGAACUUGCAAAAGGAGAGCCACCUCAUUCAGAAUUACAUCCAAUGAAGGUCUUGUUCCUCAUUCCAAAGAACAAUCCACCAACACUGGAAGGAAAUUUCAGUAAAUCCCUCAAAGAAUUUGUUGAGGCCUGCCUAAACAAGGACCCAAGCUUUAGGCCUACUGCGAAAGAGCUCUUAAAACACAAAUUUAUUUUACGAAACUCAAAGAAAACUUCCUACCUGACUGACCUUAUUGAUAGACACAAGAGAUGGAAGGCUGAACAAAGCCAUGAUGACUCCAGUUCUGAUGAUUCAGAUACUGAACCAGAUGGCCAGGCUUCAGGUGGGAGUGAUUCGGGAGAGUGGAUCUUUACGAUAAGAGAAAAAGACCCCAAGAAUCUAGAGAAUGGAGCAGCCCAGCCUUUGGAGCUUCAAAGAAAAGAGGAAAAGGAUAUCCCAAAGAGGCCUGUAUCACAAUGUCUGUCUACAGUUAUAUCCCCUUUAUUUGUAGAGCUGAAAGAGAAGAGUGAAGUGUGUGGUGGGAACACAGAUUCCAUAGAAGAACUGAGAAAGGCUAUUUAUUUAGCUGAAGAGGCUUGCCCAGGCAUUGCAGAUAACAUGGUGUCACACCUUGUGCAGAGGCUUCAGAGAUACUCACUAGCUGGAGGAAGCACUUCAUCCUACUGACGUGUUGCUCCCGACUUAUA